UCUCGCGCGGACGUACGGAAAAAGCGAACAACCAUCGUAUGGGAGCGCGAUUCAUGCUCUUUUCUUUUUCUUACCCGUUUUGUGUCAUUGUAAGCUUGUUUUAUGUCUUCACUGGCCAUUGGAAUGGUUUAGCAAACACCGUUCUGUGAAAAUUUUAUGCACUUUAGGAUAUCCACAGUUUGGUGGAUUGGAAGUACCAUCACAAAUCUAUCAAACGGACAUCGGAGGUGCACGAAACCGCACGAAACGCUGGGCAGCUGUGCUGUGCCUGAUUUCUCGUAACGGAUGUGCGGCACUGGGAACUGUGCGACUGUAACCUGUAUGGACGGUUUGUUGCAUGGUUACGAAUGAUUAUAUUGGUAUCUGCCGAACAGUAGAUCAUACACAGAAAACAAAACAGAAAAUUGUCGCAUGGACAGAAGUGACAGUAGGAGACACCAGAGUGCCAGUGGACGGGCAGGCACAGAUGUUCGACGUCGACCACUAAGCUCUUCCAGGGGAACGAGCCCUCGUGCAAAACGUCCUCACCUUAGAGAUCAGUCUGGCUCAGAGUCUCACAUACCGGCUGACACACCAGUCUCCAGCGACAGUUCAGCACGUCCUGAUCCGCAGAGCAGCAUGAAUAACGACGAAUGUGUGAUGGUAUCGCCUCGUUCCUCGAGAUUUCUCUUUGCAGGAUCGAGGGAUCGUUCCAGGGCUCAUCGCAGGAAUGGGUCAGGUCGCAUGGGCCGUGAAAGAAGAUGGCGUACUUCCCCUAUCGUGGUUCUAGAUGAUGACAGUGACGAGGAUGCAGUGGUCGUGGAGGCCACAACUCCUCCCGCAGGCCCUUCCUUUCCACGGCAUCUAAGACGCAGUAACAGUGUUGCGCUGUCAUCCAGGACACGGCAAACGUGCCCUCCCUCAGGCCUGGUGGACAUCACGUUGGACAGCAGCCCCGGUGUGCUGCGACAGGCUGGCAUACCACAAGAAGGGAGGAGGCAUCAGCAGGAGCGCAGAGCACCUCCACUGCCACCAUUGCGCAGAACCACGCAGGCCUCGUCUGCACUAGUGCCAAUGGGACGGCCGACCGUCCCUAGGCGCCGGUCGGGCUCCUACCCCAGACUUGGAAAUCGGGCUCAAGGCAGCCGUGCAGUUGAGCGACAAAUUGCCGAAGACGAACAACUGGCCCGCAGACUCCAGGAGAGAGAGAUGGGUGAACGACAUGCCACGUCCCAUCCCAUUCAUGAGGUCCUGCAGUUGCUCGACUCUUCGAGUGACGACGAUGAUGACAGUGAUGACAGCAUGUUUAUGUUCGGCUAUCCUUUUGGAACAAGCCGCAUAACUCACCGUGGACGCUCUUCUGCACCCUCACUCUUUCCUGUUGUGUCACUUCUGGAUACCCUGCAAGCACCCUUAAUCAGUCACUUGGAGUUCUUCGACAGUGACAGUGAAGAUGACGACGCGUACGAGCACUUGGUGCAGCUUGGAGAAGCUCUCGGGGAGGUUGUGCCUCAGGGACUGACAGCAUUGCAAAUUGCGCAGCUGCCCACGCGUCGUGUCGUAGGCUCAGACCUGGCAUCAGACAAACGUACCUGCCACAUAUGCCUGGAGGACUUCAAGCGUAACAAUAUUGUGCGCACCCUUCCCUGCCUCCAUGAGUACCACAAGGGCUGCCUCGACAAGUGGCUCAAGCGCAACAGCACAUGUCCUCUCUGCCGCAAAGAAGCUUUGGAGUGAAUCGUACGUUUUGGAAACUCCGAGCUCAACAUUCAACUCUUUGUCACAAGACCAGUAACACUGAUGUGUACUAAGACUUCAGUUUCUAGUUUGAAGAAUUGUGUUCAUCAUAAUAAAGUGCCUGGGCAAAAGUUGCUUAGGAUGCGUACAUUCGAAA